UGAAGAAGCAGUAAGAGUUGAGACUGAGGCCCAGUGAAGAAGCAGUAGGAGUUGAGACGGAGGCCCAGUGACGAAGCAGUAGGAGUUGAGACGGAGGCCCAGUGAAGAAGCAGUAAGAGUUGAGAUACAGGGAAAACACUAUCUUCAUCAACCAGGUGUGGGUGUGACAGACCGUAGCCAUGGUACCCAAGCAAGGCAUGACGCUGCUGCUGCUGCUCCUGGUCGUCGCCACGGCAGCGGUGAUGGGACAGAGGAGCCAGCGUCGCCCGGCAACCACAGACGAAUGGAACUACAAGGCUGGCUCGGAGAAGGUAAACAUGCGUGGGGUGUCCAACCUCACCCAGGUCCUGGACAACUGGAGGUUUGACAUCCUCACUGAGAUGAAGACACUGCUCCAGAACGACCACCAGUCACUACUGCCAGACUACGCCAGGGUCCAGCCCCUGUCUGAGGCUCUGAAUGACCUUUACAAGGAGUUCAACUCUCUCAAGGCUCACCUUGGUGAUCUCACAGAGAAAUUUGUCGCCAUAGAAACCUUCAUCGACGAGGUCAAGACUGAGCGGGCCAAUGGUGGCACCUUGGCCCCUGCCUCCAACCCAAACCCCGCCUCCAACCCAGUGCCAGCUAGGAGGAGAAUGGUCAAAAAGAAAGCUCCCGCCUCUUAAAUGACUAAAACUCCACCCCAUCCCAUUGACCCCACCCAACUCAUCCUACUCACCCCACCCUACUAUGCUCUACCCUACCCCAUCCCAUCCCACUG